AUGGCGAUGUUCGCGGCAACCGCCCGCAUCCUGACGGUGAUGUUGGCCGGCUGCUUGUCUUUCAAGUUGUCGGAGCCGAGCGCGGGGAAGCAGGCGCAGGCGGGAUUCGGAGAUCCCGGGAUCGAGGAAGGCCCGCCACGUGGCCAUGGCAGCGAUGGCGGCCAUGGCUUGGGCCUGGGGGGUCUCGGAAAGAACCUGAACUUCCUCCUUGUGAAGGUGGCACAGCUCGAGGCCCUCGCCGAGAUGCAGCAGGCGGAGAUCGCCACGCACCGCUUGGAGAUUGCGUCAUUGAAAGAGGGGCACAGGGGUCCCACGAAAAUGGACCCUUCCAAGCUGGAGAUCUUGCUGGAGGAGAUGCAGACGCGUUCCACAGGGGCUGCCGGGUUGGACGAGGCCACGGCCCUCCUGAAGAAGGUCUGGCACAAGCACGAGCACCAGCGACAGUUUUACAAGGGUUCCGGCCUUGAUCGAAGUGCGACGCCUGAGCAGCCGCAGCGAACGCUGCCUUCCGGCGAGAACUUGGAGCGAGGUUUGAAGAACGAGACUGCAGGCCUCGCAGCCAAAGGCGACUGGAAUCCCCUUGACUACAUUCCGGGGGGUGAGCAUGUGAAAAAUUUUGCAGACGAUCCGACGGGGUUCUUGGAGGACGGUUUUGCUGCCGCCACAACACCGGCUGAGAAGGUGGCAUAUGCCAAGGAACAGCUGGCGGAGAAGACCUUUGACACGGUGGAGAAGGCCACGACGCUCCUUCAAAACGUCCUCGGUCUCGAAGGCUUUACGGACUUUUGGGUGAAGCUUUUGCGGACCGCUCAGCCAAGUUUCGACACCAACCUUGGGAGGCUGAAUCUCGGCAAAAUCAAGGUUCAGUUCAGCUUGGUCGGCGAGGAGGUAGAGCAAGCGCUGGACUUGGAGUGGAUUGAUUUGCCACCGCCGCUGAAGAAUGUUGGGAAAGCCGAUCUCCUGAAGGUGAUCGUCGAUGGGCUGCCACCGCUGAAGUCCACGGUCAACUUGGGCGAGGAGCUGACAGCCUGCUCCCAGCAGACCGGGAACGGGCUUGUGGAGUGCCUCGGCAAUUUGGUCAUCGCCAACACCCCUCCCUUCAGCUUCCUGAACCAGAUGGGUGACAUCCUGUCCGAGUUCCUGGAGGGCUUCGCAAAGAUUGCGGGCACGGUGGCCAGGCAGGUCCUGAAGGGCAGCAGCUCCUUGAUCCAGGAGGCGGCCCUCUCGAAGUUCCCCGCCAUGGGAUCCCCGGCUGCGGUACAUCAUUCGGAUCAAAGCCUGGUGAUCACGAAGCAUACGCAGAAGCAGGGGAAGUUCUCGACCCUGCAGAUGGAGGGGGACCCACCGAAAGAUGGCAUCUCCUUCACUCUGCACGACGAGGGGUCCAACUAUCAGUCCAAGCUGAUCACCCAGUUCCACGGCUACGAAAAGGACACGAGCUCCUGCCUGGCCUUUGCCCCAAAGAGUCGGCAGCAAGCGGGCCAGGUGAGCGAAGCAGACUGGCAGGUCACCGAUCCGAAUGACUUCGUGCAACUGGAACCCUGGGCCGUGCCCUGCGGCACCGACUGGAUGAAGGAACACGAGAGCAAAUGGCAAGGCUACUCCUUCUACACAGGGGAGUUGAACAUCGAGCAGUGCGUGACGGUGGCCUACGGUGUCAACGUGCAGCCGGUUGUUGCCUUUGUGGCCGGGGUGCAGAUUGAAGUGAUGCCCAAGCCAUUGGUUUCUGUGGAGGCGACUGUCUGCUGGCCCAAGGAGCGUCCCGACGGCCAGGACCUGAGCAUGCUGCGAAUGAAGAUCUCAACCAGCGGCGUGCUGCUCUUUUCCAAGACGCUGCGCUUGGCCAAGCGCUACAGGGACCCCACAGACUUCCUGGACCACCAUGGCCACUUGCACCGUACCAUGGCGAACUGGGAGCAGGAAACCAAUCCCCGGUCGGCGAUAAGCCGAACGAAUCUGAUGCAGACGGGGGCCGGUCAGGCCCACAACCAGUCGCACGCCAAGGCCGCCAAGGCCGCCAAGGGCAAAGCCCAAGACGACGGGGAGCAAGGAGUCUUCGAGUGGGUGGAAGACGAGGAGGGCACCUACCUGGCCUCCGCCAGCUACUCCCCAGAGCUCGGGGUGAACUUGACCUCCGAACUGCAUGGGGCGGAGGCCAAAAAGCGCCUGAGCCUGGCAGCCACGGAAGCCCAAGGAGUCUUCCAGCUCUUCAACUUCAAGCACGACGGGAACGUGAACUUCGAGUUCCAGGCCGUUAUGGACGGGAAAUACCUGGAGAUGAACACGAAGAUGGGCUUCGGACCCUUCACAUCGCACCAAAAGUCGAUCAAGCUGGUGGACAUCACACACCAGUUCGAGGUGGUACUUUACGCGCUCCCGUUCAUUUCCAUCGCCAGCAGGUCCAAUGCCCUUGACGCUCUCAACGCCUUCACUCACGACAUGCCGCCGCCCGUCGUUUUGAAGCCCGGUACGACCGUGGCUCUCUGGAACAUCUUCUUCCAGAGGUACCUGACCGCCAACAGCGCAGGUGUUGUUGGCACAGGUCCGACUCACAACUUCGACGCGGGCCUUCCGGCACAUUGGCAGCUGGAGCGCUGGACUGUUUUGGACGCGGGCGAGGGCAAGAUCGCACUUCACCAUCCCAGGUACAACGCCUUCAUGAGCCUCGCAGAAACGGGGAUGUGGCUCAGGUACGCUGCCCCCAAGGACUUUCAUCCCGGCGGAGGCUGGGAAGCCCAGACCUUCCUUGCGGUGAAUUUGGGUGGCGGGUCAGGCCUCUUCGGCUUGCAGAACCCCGCGACCAAGCGCUUCGUUUCCUCUGGGGCUCAGCACGACACCUAUGUGACCAACCCGUCCGAUGUCCUCCAUGAAGGGUGGACCCAUCAGCAGUUCCGGGCGGAGGUGCUGAAACCGCGGCUGAGGGUUGGCACGACGGUGGGACUCUGGUGCUCGAUCCACAAGCACUGGCUGCGCCUGAACCACGCAGACCUCGACAAGGGUGGAAAUAUCGUGCAUGCUAACCAGAUGCCAGACUUGGCUUUUCAAACCGAUUGGGAGAAGUUCUUGGUGGUGGAUGCCGACAACGGCGAGGUUGCCUUGUGGAACCCCACCUUCAAGGCCUUCGUGAUGAUCCAAAAUGGAGACGCUCGGGCCAGCGGCCCCAUCUAUCCUAGGCAGCUCACCAGCAUCCCGCCAGAGUACAAGUUCCAAGUCGUGCCCACCGCCGAUAACACGAUCGGCUUGCACAACCCGGCGUCAGUUCAUUUCUUGGCCAUGACUGACCAGCCGGGGGCUGCUGGCAUUAGCGUCUCCCAUUAUCCAAUCCAGGUCAUGCCGGAGACCGCCACCUGGGAGCGCUUCGUGGUCUACGAGUUGCCAGGGGGUCCGGGUGGUCCUGCAGACAGCGCUCAACCGGCGGGAUGGAGCUUCGACAUCACGAGGUGA